GCAAUCAUUCAGUGUCUGAUCCUGCAAUCAUUCAGCUGGUUCUAAGCAUACAAGCUUUUUAUGUGCAGAGGUGCUAUACUUGAGCAAAUUGACGCACAAGAGGCCAAUAAGUAGCACGCCCCAGAGAGUGACUGUGUGAGUGUGUGAGAGAUGGAGGCCAGCCGGCGUGUCUCUCUUCCGCUCCUGGCGAUCAUCGGGUGCUGUGCGUGCUUGGUGGGCUGCCGCGCGCAGCUCCCGGUACCGGCGAGGACAGACGGGUUCGUGUACGGCGGGAAGCCGCCGGCGUGGGGCGAGACGGUGGUGGUAGAGGCGUUCUUCGACCCGGUCUGCCCCGACAGCCGCGAUGCGUGGCCGGCGCUCAAGAAGGCCGUCGAGCACUACGGCUCUCGCGUGUCUGUUGUCGUGCACCUCUUCCCGCUUCCCUACCACAGCUAUGCCUUCAUUGCUUGCCGGUCAAUUCAUACAGUGAACAAGCUAAAUCCAUUGUUCGUGUACCCGCUGCUCGAGAAAUUCUUCAAAUACCAGGAAGGUUAUUAUAACCAGCCGACCUACACGAAAUCAAGAGCUACCGUAGUUGACGAAAUAACCAAAAACCUUGUCGUGUCCAUCAUUGGCGAAAGCAAUUUGUCCGCAUAUAAAGCAGGCUUCAACGAUUCACAAUCUGAUCAAGCUGCAAGGAUAUCUUUCAAGAACGGUUGUGCACGAGGUGUGGCUGGGACACCCUACUUCUUUGUGAAUGGCAUACCACUCAGCUAUUCGGGUUCACCUCUCGAGUACAAGUAUUGGAUAUCCAUCCUGGAUCCAUUGGUUGGCAAGAUGUAAUGACUAAGGCCCCGUUCGGUUACCUCCAUUCCGGGCCGUUCCUGCCUCGGAACUAAUCCAGCUGAUCAUUGCUACUAUAAAUAAACCUGCCAUUCCAGCUAGAACAGUUCCAGGCACCUGUUUCCAUGUAAACGAACGGGCCCUAAUGAGUUUCUCCAUCUGGCUUGUUCAAAAACGUCGAGCUGAACUAAAUACAAGUGGAAUAAGUAAUGGGAAUAUAAUAGCUUGAUGUUCAGCAAGA